AUUGUUAACGGUAACGUCUACAAACCCAGAUAAAAUCUCAAGAAUUUGUGACUUUUUAUUGUUAAUGGAUGACUCAGAAGAGAAGUAAUGCAGUUAAAGCACUUGAAAACGCUGCUUAACCCACAGGAUGGGGCAGCCAAAAUCACUGCGAUGGCUUGGGCGCCAAACAACACCAAGCUUGCAGUGUGUACAGUGGAUAGGGUGGUCCUUCUCUUUGAUGAACAGGGGGAGAGGAGAGAUAAAUUUGGCACCAAACCUCUUGAUUCAAAGUAUGGCAAGAAGAGCUACACAGUCAAAGCUUUGGCCUUCUCGCCAGACUCGACUAAGAUUGCUAUAGGACAGACCGACAACAUCAUCUUUGUGUACAAGAUAGGGGAGGAUUGGGAUUCCAAGAAGGUGAUCUGCAACAAGUUUGUCCAGCAGAGUGCAGUGACCUGUCUAAUCUGGCCGCCGGACGGCAACAUCGUGUUUGGUCUGGCAGACGGCAAGGUCAGGGUUGCCAACACCAAGACCAACAAAUCCUCCACGGUCUACGGGACGGACUCCUAUGUCGUCUCACUCGCCCCAAACCUUUCAGGUAAGGGUGUCCUGUCUGGCCACGCCGACGGCUCCAUCGUCCGUUACUUCCUGGAAGACGAGGGGUCCGGGGAAUCGCAGGGCAAGGUCGCCACCCACGCCUGCCCUCCGUACGCCCUCUGCUGGGCGGGGAACAGCAUCGUGGCUGCCGGCUGUGACAAGCGCAUCGCAAUUUACAGCAAGGAAGGGCGUGUUAAUCAGCAGUUUGAUUUCAGUCGCGACUCUGAGGAGCAUGAGUUCACCGUAGCUGUCAAUAACCCCGGUGGCCAGUCUGUGGUUGUUGGUAGCUAUAAUAGACUGCGUGUGUUCAACUGGGCCCCUCGUCGUGGCAUGUGGGAGGAGGCUCGUAUGAAGGAGAUCCCAAACCUCUACACCAUCACCACCCUCGCAUGGAAGAAAGAUGGUUCCAGACUGGUCGCUGGUACAUUGUGCGGUGGUGUGGAGCUGUUCGAUUGUUGCCUCCGCCGAUCCAUCUUCAAGAACAAGUUUGAGAUGACCUACGUCGGACUGAGCCAGGUCAUAGUCAAGAACCUUUCCUCGGGCACGAGGGUGGUACUCAAGUCUCACUAUGGAUAUGAGAUCGAUGAGGUGCGUAUCCUUGGCAAGGACCGCUACCUGGUGGCCCACACGUCAGACACCCUCCUCCUGGGUGAUCUUAGCUCCAACAAGCUCAGUGAGGUUCCGUGGCAGAACACCGGAGGCAACGAGAAGUUCUUCUUCGAGAAUGAGAAUGUGUGUAUGAUCUUCAAUGCUGGUGAGUUGACCCUGGUAGAGUACGGGGCCAAUGAGAUCUUGGGAUGCGUGAGGACAGAGUUCAUGAACCCUCACCUUAUCAGCGUGAGGCUUAACGAACGCAAGCAGCUCAACGUAGAUGACAACAAGAAGAUGGCAUAUCUUGUAGAUCUGAAGACCAUAGCCAUUGUGAACCUGGCCUUGGGUUUCAAUGUGGCUAACCUGGCCCAUGACUCUAAGGUGGACUGGCUGGAGCUGAAUGAGACAGGACACAAACUGCUCUACAGGGACAAGAAACUUAGGCUCCAUCUGUUUGACGUUGAUACUCAGUUGAAGACCACCAUUUUGAACUACAGCAGCUAUGUACAGUGGGUGCCGCAGAGUGAUGUUGUUGUUGCUCAGAACAGAGGCAACUUAUGCGUCUGGUACAACAUUGAUCAUCCUGAGAGAGUCACCAUGUUUCCUAUGAAGGGCGACAUUGUUGAUCUUGAGAGGGCCGACGGUAAGACCGAUGUGAUCGUGAACGAAGGCGUCACCUCCGUUUCUUACACCCUUGACGAGGGGCUGAUUGAGUUUGGUACGGCCAUAGAUGAUGGGGAUCAUGCCAGAGCUGUAGCCUUCCUGGAAACCCUCGAGAUGACAUCCGAGACGGAGGCCAUGUGGAAGACUCUGGCCAAGCUGUCUCUGGGCGCCAAACAGCUUCACAUCGCAGAACGCUGCUUUGCUGCCCUCGGGGAUGUUGCAAAGGCCAGGUACCUUCGCAAGAUAAACAAGCUCGCCGGCGAGAUUAGCAAAGAAACGGGAGAAGACGGUAUGAAUCAUUACAGUGUACGAGCCAAGCUGGCUGCUCUCAAUAAGGAUUUCUGGGAUGCAGAAACUAUCUACCUUGAGCAAAAUGCUAUUGAUGAAGCCAUGGAGAUGUAUCAGGAGCUCCACAAGUGGGAUGAGGCUAUCAACGUAGCUCAAGGAAAGGGUCACCCUGAGCUGGAGACCUUGCGGCGGAACUACUACCAAUGGCUGAUGGACACUCGGCAAGAGGAGAAGGCUGGCGAGCUCAAGGAGCACGAGGGCGAUGUUCACGCUGCCAUAAGUCUCUACAUGAAGGCCGGGAUGCCGUCUCGUGCAGCGCGACUCGUUACAAGCAACGAGGAGCUGAUGGAUAACCGUGAGCUGGUACAACGCAUCGCAACGACACUUAUCAAGGGAGAAUUCUAUGAAAGGGCUGGAGAUCUGUUUGAGAAGACGCGGGAUGAGCAGAGAGCCCUAGAGUGCUACCGCAGAGGAAGGUCUUACAGAAGGGCUGUUGAGUUGGCACGCCAGGCCUUUCCUAGUGACGUGGUAAAGCUGGAAGAGGAGUGGGGAGACCACCUCGUAUCUCAGAAACAGCUAGACGCUGCUAUUAAUCAUUACAUCGAGGCAGGUGCAUCGCACAAAGCAAUCAAGGCAGCAGUGGACUCGCACCAAUGGGCCAAGGCGGAGCAGAUCAUCCAGCUCCAGGAAGCGGACAUCGGAGAACGCUAUUACCCCGUCAUCGCCAAGCAUUACGUGACGAUCCACGACUAUGAGAACGCCGAGAGGUACUUCAUCCAGGCCGGCCAGACCAAGGAGGCGAUUGAUAUGUACACCGCGGCCGGGAAGUGGGAGGAGGCACAUAGGCUUGCUAUGACGUGCAUGAAAGGAGAAGACAUUAAAGUUCUGUAUGUCAACCAGGCUCAAGAGAUGGAGGCCCAGGGCAAGUUCAGGGAGGCUGAGAGGUUGUACUUGACCGUCCGGGAGCCCGAUCUAGCCAUCACCAUGUACAAGAAACAGCGUCAGUUUGACCACAUGAUACGACUGGUCAAGCAACAUCAUCCUGACCUGCUACAGGACACUCAUCUUCACCUUGCGAAGGAGCUUGAAAAUGACGGGGCGAUGCGUCAAGCUGAGCAGCAUUACCUGGAGGCUAAGGAUUGGAAGGCUGCCGUUAACAUGUACAGGACAGCUGAUCUAUGGGACGAAGCAUACAGGGUCGCCAAGGCCAAUGGAGGGGCCAAUGCUUCCAAGCAGGUGGCCUACCUUUGGGCCAAGAGUCUGGGGGGAGACUCAGCCGUCAAACUGCUCACCAAGUUUGGGCUGCUGGAGGCUGCCAUCGAUUAUGCUGCUGACAACUGUGCAUUUGAGUUUGCGUUUGACCUGGCCCGUUCAGCAAUGAAGAAUAAGAUGGGUGACAUUCAUCUCAAGCAUGCCAUGUUUCUAGAAGAUGAAGGCAAGUACAAGGAGGCCGAGGCACAGUUCAUCAAGGCUAACAAACCUAAGGAAGCCGUCCUCAUGUACGUACACAACCAGGACUGGGACUCGGCCCAGAGGAUCGCCGAAGACUACGACUCUGAGAGCGUCUCUGACGUCCUGGUGGGCCAGGCUAGGCAGUCCUUUGAACAGAAGGAGUUCCAGAAAGCAGAGUCCUUCCUCCUCAGGGCACAGAGACCUGAGCUGGCUGUCAAGUACUACAAGAAUGCUGAGAUGUGGCAGGACGCUCUACGAGUCUGUAAGGAGUAUAUCCCUCAUAAACUACAACAGCUACAGGAUGAAUAUGAUAGAGAGGUCCUGAACAAAGGCACUAGAGGGUCUAACAACCUCGUACAGCAAGGUAAAGAAUGGGAAGCAUCCGCAGAGUACGCGAGGGCGGUAGACUGUUAUCUCAAACUCACGCCUCAACUCACUACUGAUACUGAUCUCCUGGCGCAAUGCUGGAACAAGGCUGCUGAGCUAGCCAUGAAGUUCAUGGAUUCCAGCAAGGCUCUUGACGUCACCAAGGUAGUGUGCCCUCGCUUGGCAGAAAUCAACAAGCACAACAUGGCUGCGGAGCUGUACCUAAGUCUUGACCUGAUCAAGGAAGCCAUCGAUACCCUGAUGGAUGGAGGUGAGUGGGCCAGAGCUCAGAAGGUCGCCAAGGAGCUUGAACCUCGUUACGAGCGCUAUGUGGACGACAAGUACAAGGAGUUCCUCAAGAGCGAGGGCAGAGCAGAAUCCUUGGCUACGGUGGACAUCAUCGGUGCCCUGGACAUGUACGUGGACCGCGGCGAGUGGGAGAAGUGCAUGGAAACAGCUGAGAAGCAAGGCUACAAGGUACUUCACAAGUAUGUAGCCUUGUACGCCAGUCACCUCAUCAAAGAGAAUAACUUCUUCAAGGCUUUGGAUCUCUAUGUCCACCAUGGGGCACCACCCAACUCACAGAAUUUCAACAUCUACAAGCGCAUUGCUAAUGAGAUCUUUGCAGCCCCUAACCUUGAUAAGCCAGACUCUUACAAAGUCUGGGCUGAUCUGAGAGAUGUACUUCUAAAUCUGUGUGAGAACAUGCAACAGACACAGAUGGCAAACACUGCCCCUCAUCAGGAGUUUGAAACGAUGCUAACCGUCGCCCAUUACUAUGCCAACAGGAGUGCAUGCAUGGCACAGAAGAAUUUGGAGCCCGUAGCAGCCAAGCUCUCCAUAGCUCUCCUACGUCACAGUGACGUCGUCCCGGCAGAUAAAGCCUUCUACGAAGCCGGAGUUCAAGCCAGAGCGCAGAACAUGUACAGCAUGGCCUUUGUGUUCCUCAACAGGUUCCUGGAUCUAACAGAGGCCAUUGAAGAAGGCAGUCUGGAUAUCCUGGACAACACUGAUUUUCAGGAUACUGACAUUCCAUUUGAAGUACCUCUCCCGGAGAAACAACACAUCGCUGACGAUCUUCGUGAGGAGGUGAAAGAGUGGGUCCUGUCCAUCUCCAUGGACCAGCAGGUAGAACAGGUCCUGGACAAGGACGAGAGAGACACCUACGUGGCCUCCCUGGUCGCUGCCAACUCAGGCAUGAAAUCAAUACCCUGUGUCAUUACAGGCUACCCUGUCCUGCGUAACAAACUGGAUUUCAAGCGACCCGACAAGGCAGCUAAUAAAGAUGACUGGAACAAGUUUCUUAUGGCUACAAAGAUGUCACACAGCACUGAGUGUCAGGAUGUCUUGAAGUUCGUAGGUCAGUGGUGCGGGGCGACGCCCAACCCCAGUUACACAUUCCAGUGAUACCAUCUUGACCACGCCCUCAUCACCCUUGCAAUCAAAACUAAACCGCCUUUAUUUAAGCCUAUCUGCACUGGUUUAGCCAGGGGGGAUUAGACCUCCCUGCAUGGUCACUGCACA